AGUGAUGUUUGUGACUAUUGACUUAAAUUUAAAAUAUGAAUAUGUUAACCUAAAAACUAACAUGAAAUAAAAUAAAAAUGAUAUAUUUAAAAAAUUUUGUACAAUUUCCCAGAUAUCUACAUAAAUUAUCACAGCUUGGUACCUUCAGAAGACGAAUAGCUACUAGUUCAAAAUUAUGGGCACCAGGAGCUUACGAGGGUUCGGGAAAAACCAGUGUUCAUAUUUUAAAUAAAGAUUCUGAUUUAGGAAUACUGAUAGAUGGUUUUAGUCAAGUUGGAUUUCGAUUAAAUAAUGACUUCACCAUAUUAGGAUCAAUGGUUAUAUUUCCUAGGUCUGUGUUAUCCUGGAAUGUAGAUGAUGUAUCCCAGAUUACGGAAGAGAGCCUUAGUUUAUUUACUAUACUUGAGCCGAAAAUAGACAUUAUAGUAUUGGGUGUAGGUGAUAAACUAGAUAAUUUUAACUUUUAUAAGGAUAUCUUACCAUUUACUAGGAAACAUAAAAUUCAAUUGGAAAUUCUCCCAACUGAAUCGGCUUGUUCAACAUUUAAUUUUCUAAAUUCUGAAGGCAGAAACGUUGUCGGUGCUAUGAUUCCACCUAAAACUUUAACUGCUACUGAAGAUGAUGAAUUAUUAUCAAAGAUGAGGUAUCAGAAUUUAUAUGAAAUUGAUUAAUAAAUAUUGAAAGAAU